UCCUGCAUGAAUCGUAAUUAAACCAUUGGAGCUGAGUAUCCACUUCAAGACAUUUAAAUUGUGCAUCCACAACUGAAUGGCCUGUAAAUUCGUGUAUUGUCUCGUCUAUAUGUUCCUGUAAAUUCAUGUAUCGUCUCUUAAUUAGUAUACCUCUGUCUUCAAAAUGGAUCCCAACCGCAAGAUAGUGAUUGUUUUCCUAUGGGCUAUUGCUGCAAUGGAAACUGAAAAAUCAACAACAGUGACAAAUCAAGGUCAUAAUGUAAACUCUUCAGUGGCUGGUGGUGCAACAGUUGUGACCGAGAAUGCUCGCCUGAUCCUCCAGCAAGCUGUAAUCAAUGCUCUUCCAGAAAUACCGAAGCUUCUAGGUCAUCAAAAAUCCGCACAAAAUCAAUCUCAAGAAUGGGUUGACAAAAUUUGGCCUCUCAUCAUCAAUACUACUGCUGAGAUCAUUGACUAUGCCAAUACCUUCCAGGCAACAUACAAUGCGCUUCUGGAAUUGAUCCCAAGACUCCAGGCUGGCGAUAUGGAUGCAAGGGAUGAGUUUGUGCAGGCCCUCAAAGGAGCUCUUAUCCCGGAAUUGCAGAGUAAGUUAUCGAGGGCAAACGAAAUUGCUACUAGUAUCAAGCAAUUCCAUAAUGAUUUUGAACCACUCUACAGUGAAUUCCAAAAAGAUUUCACAGAAGCAAACAAAGUGAUAACCAAAGAUAAAAUGAAAAUACAAGACGAUCAGGCAAGUCGUGUCAAAUGGGAUACUAUAUCCAGUUUAGAAGUCGUUGCUAUUCUUGUCUGUGGAGCAACUCUACCCGUAACGGCUGUUGCUAUGGCAAUGUUUCCUGAAAUUGGCAUUGGUGUACUUAUUGGUGGCGGCAUUUUCAUGGCAGGGGAGGUAACUGCCAUGGGUGUUCUGCUUCACGAGUAUGCAGAAGCAGUACAGAAAGUAAAGGAUCUGACAAUAGCUAUCAAGAAAAUUAAGUCUCGAGUUACACAGCUUGAUCUGAUUGAGGACCAAAUAUCUGACCUUCAAAAGAAUACAGAGAAUGUCGUCACUUUCUCAGCCAAUGUUGUCGACGGAUGGGUUGCACUGUGUGAUAAUAUGCACGAAGCAAUAGCACAUCUUCAAAAAAUUUCACUACAGCAAGAUGCGGCGGUCCUCAUCAACCUAAAGGCAGCCAACAACGAUUGGGGAGUUGUUCUUCAGCAAGCUAAAAAUCUUCAAUCAAAUUGUGGCCGACUCGAGCAGAAGAUGCCUGCAACUUCCAAUGAACCGGUGAAAGCGAUUCAAGCUCAAGCCAAGGAUGGAUAAGAGAAACUUAUGUUGGAUCUUGUUAGAACUUGAUUAAACAUGGUAGAACUAGAAUAGUGAUAUAGACUAAACUGUAUAGGUGUUAAGUUCUUGUCUAGAAUAUAGACUAGAAUAGACAGCUAAUUUUAGCUUUACUGUUUUGUGCUAUAUAAGCUUCUAGAACUGCAGCUUAGUAUCAUCAUUUAGUGGAGUGAGUGCAGCCGAUUUAUUGGUUGUUGUUGUUGGUAGUUGAGUUGAUUGGACUGUUGUAACGAGCGGUCUAAUAGUUUGGGAGUUCGCUAGUUGAGUGCAAGUCAGUAGAAGCAAUGGCCGAGUUUAGGAGUACGACAGCGUUUGUCCCAUUGUCUGGAACUAACUACGCAACAUGGAAGACUCAUGGCUCUAAUGAAAGAAGGAGUCUGGAGAAUUGUAGAAGGCACGGAGAUUGCACCGGGAGAAGGGGACGCUGGUUUUGCCAAGUAUGUUGGAGAAUGUGAUCGGGCUUUAGCGAUUGUUGUGUUGUCGAUUGAUAUGAGUUUGCUCUAUUUGAUAGGCGAGCCAAGUGACCAGUUCAUGAAAAAGUCCUGGGGAAACAAGCUUGAGCUCCGUCAGAAACUACAUUCCUUGAGGCUAAAGGAAGGACACGCAGUACAGGAACAUAUUCAAGAAAUGACGGAAUUGUUCAAUGCUUUGUCGGAAAUGGAUGUUCCAUUGACGGAAGAUGAUCGUGUUGUGUAUCUGUUAGCGAGUUUACCGAAAUCGUUUAGUGGUUUGGUUACAGCUCUGGAAGUGAGUGAGGAUGUUCCAAAGAUGGAAAUUGUAACGGAGAAGUUGUUGCACCACGAAGUAAAGCUGAAAGUGCGAGGUGGAAGCAGUGCUGAGGAUAAGAAAACAAUGCCAGCAAAAUGGAAGAAGUCCAAGGAGAAAGGUCCAUGUCAUCACUGUGGAAAAAUGGGACACUUUAAACGAGACUGUUGGCAGUUGAAGGCUAAGGAUGACAAGCAUGAAAUAAUUGAAGACAGUGACGAGGACGCACUGGUGGUUGGUCAUGCAUUUGCUGCAAGAACAUCAGCUGACUGGAUUAUUGAUUCUGGGGCAACCAGCCAUAUGUGUACCUCAAGACACUUGUUCACGGACUAUCGAUGCUUGCACGAAAAGGUUAGCGGUAGAAGUUUGGAGGUAGUUGGUCGUGGAACAGUUUCUUUGAUAAUGAAGUUGCCUGGUGGUCGGUUGAAACGAUGUCCAGUGAAGAAUGCAUUGCAUGUUCCAGAUCUCAGCUAAAAUUUGAUUAGUGUGUCGAAGGCAUCUGAAGGUGGAAAAAUGACGAAGUUUGAUGAAUCUGGGUGUCAGAUCGUGAACUCUAAGAACAAGGUGAUUGCCACAGCUAAAAGAUGUGGUAGUCUGUAUAUAUUUCCUGGAUUGUCAGUCUAACGAGCAGGUAAAUGCUGCUGAAACCAAGGAAGAUGUUUGGCAUAAACGGUAUGGAGCUUAAAAGGAUUGGUGAUUGAUCAAAUGGUUGAUGGUUUUGACUAUGGUGGUUCGAAAGAAAUCAGUUUCUGUGAGCCCUGCACUAAAGGUAAGCACCACAAGAGUCCCUUCCCUGUUGGUGGUGGUACAAGAGCCAAAGAAUCACUUGACCUAGUGCACACAGGGAAACUGAAUACCAAAUCUCUAGGCGGUGCUGAGUAUUUUCUCACAAUUAUCGAUGAUCGAACUCGAUAUGUCUGGGUUUAUUUCUUGAAGACGAAAGACGAGGUUUUCAAACGAUAUCAGGAUUGGAAGGCUAUGGUCGAAAAGUCGAGCGGUAGGUCGGACAAUGGUGGCGAGUACACAGAAAGAUUUACCGAGUAUUUGAGGUCAGAAGGAGUUACUCAUGAGCGCACAGUUCCCCGUACUCCGAAACAAAACGGAGUUUGCUGAACGACUUAAUCGUACCCUGAUCGAAAUGACAAGGUCUAUGAAGCAGAAGUUCUGGGCAGAGACCUUAUCUACUGCAGCCUAUCUUCGGAACCGCAGUCCUACUAAAGCUGUAAAAGGAAUGACACCAUUUGAGGCAUUUCACGGAAAGAAACCAAAUGUGAAGAAUCUUCGAGCAUUUGGAUGUGUCAGUUUUGCACAUUUUGCCAAGAACAAACGAAAGAAACUUGAUGUUGUCGCUAGUGUUGGUUGGCUAUGGCACAGAAGUGAAAGUUAUUUGACCCUGACCGAAGCAAGGUAUUUUACAGUCGAGAUGUAAAGUUUAAUGAACUUGAGUUCGGACUGAAAGAAUGUCGUGAUGUUGAGCCGGUUGGUUAUUUUGAGGUUGUCAAUGAUGGUGAUUUUUUGGAGGAAAUUGGUGCUGAAGAGACCAUGCCUGAUCAAGUGGUCACUGAGACAGAACCUCGAAGGUCUCAGAGAAUCCGACACAGACCUAACUACUAUGCAGAAGGAGUAUUUGUUGUCACUGGUGCAUGAACAAGUCAUAUGAAGACGUUGCUACAAAUUUCAACAAGGGAACGAGCCAUGGAGGCUGAAAUGAAGUCUCUCCAGGAUGAGGACGUUUGCAACCUGCAUACAUUGACAAGGUGAUUGAGAAGUAUGGCAUGCAGGAUGCAAAGUGUGUCAGCACUCCGGUUGAUGCUAGUUCGAAACUUGCUAAGUCUGUUGAGAGUGAUGUUUGUUUCGUACGUGAGCAAGUCAGUGCUGGAACUAUUGAACUUAAGUAUUGUCCGAGUGGUCAGAUGGUGGCCGAUAUGUUAACCAAAGGACUGUCAUGUGGUACUUUCGAAUUGUUGAGGAAGAUGGCUGGAAUUGUUUCUCUCCCCGUCUCAUUCUCGAGCAAGUGAGAAGGAGUGUUGGAUCUUGUUAGAACUUGAUUAAUUAAACAUGGUAGAACAAGAACAGUGUUAUAGACUAAACUGUAUAGGUGUUAAGGUGUACACUUGUCUAGUUAGCUUUACUGUUUUGUGCUAUAUAAGCUUCUAGAACUGCAGCUUAGUCUC